AGCUACAGUCUGACCGUAAACACAACCAACCCUGAUUUCACAGACUGUUUUCAAGCAACAGUCCUAUCCUGGAUCGCUCCUGUUGUGCUAUGGGUUUCGUCAAUUAUAUAUUUGCCUUAUUUGCUGACGAGGCAAACAAUUCACAGAUGGACGGAUGGAAGCAAGCAACAUUGGUCCAAAUUGAUUACUGGUUUCUCGUUAUGUAUCGUUGGCCUAGUCAGUCUGAUCUAUUUUAUAACCAAACACAAUGUACCAACAGCAGUACACAUAGCUAAUGCAGUAAAUCUUGUCACAUAUAUUUAUGUUGUCUUCCUCAUGCGGAAGGAGUUCCUUGUAGGCGAGCAUUCAUCGGGGACGAUGUUCAUGUUUUGGUUUACAAACGUUAUCACUUCUAUCACUAUACUCAGGUCAAGAAUCAUGCAGUUUAUGGAAUAUGCAGAUGACACAACGGGGCUCAUAUUUGAAAGUAUUGUAAGCUGUCUAGUAUUCCUUGAGUUUGCUCUGCACCUGUUUGCUGAUGUGAAUGCAUUGAAACUUCCAGCCAGUGAGAGAUCUGGAGAGAGACAACCACUACUCACGUCAACUAUAGAUGAACCAAAUACUGAUAAAUUUCUACAUAAUCCAUGUCCAGAACUAAAAGCUUCCUUCCUGUCAAGAGUGUCAUUUUGGUGGAUGACUGGGUUCGUCAUGCUUGGUUACAAAGGCAAGAUGAACGACGAUGCAUUACAUUCCUUACGACCGUGUGAUGAAACUACACGAUGCAUGGGUGCAUUCUUACGAGGAUGGCAGUCGCAACAAAAGCGUGGUGCCGUUACUAGCUCAAAUAAAUCAUCGAGUAAAAGAACAUACAACACUUACAAAUACACAGCGGGAAUUACCGAAGAUGACACGGCAAGUGUCGAAGAUGUGGAUGUUACAUACUCUGACUGCAAACUUCAUAAAGAGCUGUCAGUUAUGAAGGCGCUGUGGAGAGCUUUUGGCUGCUAUUAUUCCUCAAUUGGUAUAUUUGAGCUCUUAAACUCUGUGUUCACCUAUAUUAGACCACUUGUAUUGGAUUUGCUGAUCAGCUUCGUACAGAAUAGAGAUCCAUUUGUAUGGAGAGGUUAUCUCUAUGCUGCUCUUCUGUUUUUGCUGUCAAUUGGAAGAGCUUUAGUGAACCAGCAACAUUUCCUGGGCAAACUUACCACUGGCAUGUGGGUCCGAUCUGCCCUAACAGCAGCUAUUUAUAGAAAGGCAUUAAAACUCUCUAAUAAUUCUCGAAAGAAGUACUCCUUGGGGCAGAUUGUCAACCUAAUGGCCGUAGAUUCUCAGAAAAUAGGCGACGCGUGCAAUUUUCUUCAUUUUCUAUGGUCCGUACCUUUGAAUGUUACUAUUUGUAUGGUGUUGUUAUGGCAGUAUUUGGGCGCGGCCUCGUUAGCAGGUCUUGGCGCAAUGGUGAUCUUGUUCACAACAAACGCAUUAUUGGCAUCAAAGGCCUAUAAAAAAUAUCAGGUUAUCCAAAUGAAACUGAAAGACACUCGUCUAAAGUUGACGAACGAAUUACUAAAUGGAAUUAAGGUGAUUAAGCUAUAUGCGUGGGAGGGGGCGUUCAUGGAUAGAGUAUUAGACGUAAGACAAAAGGAAAUCGUCACAAUCAGAAUAGCAGCCUUCAUCAUGGCUGGUUCCUCAAUAUCAUUCUUCUGCGCACCACUCAUAUUUGCAGUAAUUUCGUUCAGUGCAUACGCAUUAUCGUCUGCAACUCACCUGCUCAAUCCACAGGUUGCAUUCGUCUCACUCUCUCUAGUCAACACUCUAAGCAGACCAAUGACUAUAUUACCAAACGCAAUUGCAGGUUUUGUACAGGCGUAUGUAUCAGUGGGUAGGAUCCAAGCCUUCCUGAACGACGAAGAACUUAGGGAUGAUGUUGUAAGCCAUUCCACAGAUAGACAGAAUGCAGUUUCUGUCGAAGAUGGAACAUUCAGUUGGGAACAGCAAGGAAGUGCAACAUUGACAAAAGUUACAGUCGAUGUUAAACAUAGAGGUCUAACGAUGAUUGUUGGAAAAGUUGGUAGUGGAAAAUCUUCUUUGAUAUCUGCCAUAUUAGGAGAAAUGGAGAAAACAAAUGGCUCUGUUAAUAUUUCUGGAUCUAUAGCGUAUGUUCCUCAAGAAGCCUGGAUCAGGAACGAUACACUGAUCAAUAACAUAUUGUUUGGAAAUGAAAUCGGUCGUAAAACAUAUGAUAAAAUAAUUGAAGCAUGCGCCCUCGGUCCCGAUCUGGAGGCACUUCCGGCAGGAGACAAAACGGAAAUUGGGGAAAAGGGCAUUAAUCUCUCUGGCGGUCAGAAACAGAGGCUGAGCAUUGCCCGUGCAGUCGCUCAAGAUGCAAAUAUUUAUCUACUAGACGAUCCUCUAAGUGCGGUGGACUCACAUGUCGGCAAACACAUUGUCGAGAAAUUAAUAGGACCAAAUGGACUUCUCCAAAACAAGACCAGGAUUCUGGUGACUCACGGUGUAUCUUAUCUCCAUCUGGCCGACCAGAUAGUGGUGAUGAAAGAAGGCAGAGUUUCUGAAAUAGGGACGUAUCAGCAACUGUUGAGCCACAAUGGAGCAUUCGCAGAGUUUUUAAGUAAUUACCUCAAUGAGGAUACAGGAGAAAUCAGCUCAAAUUCAGAAGAAAAUGAAGUCAUCGAAGAUAUAAGAAAACAGAUUUCACUACUCUCUGAAGAAAGUGGAGUUAGUGACAGUGAGCAUAUGCGCAUGCGUGGUGAAGGAAGAAAACGUCGGAGGCCAGGGAAAUCAAGACCAGAUAGCGCGUGUUCGAAUGUGUCACAUGAUUCUAUAAAGUUAGCAAAUACGCAAGGGGAGAAGCUAAAGAUACGUAAAGGACGAAAUUUGAUGGACACUGAAGGUGCAGAGAUUGGAGGAGUAAAAGCUGCAGUAUAUGCCACCUAUAUGAGGGCGUUGGGUCUCUUUCCCGUUCUGAUGGUUGUUGCUAGCUAUAGUGUGUUCGUGGCGUCCGACCUCGGUGGUAAUAUCUGGUUAAGUGAAUGGAGUGAGGACGGGGGUGUGAAUGGAACGACCACUCCUGAACAAACUGAUAUAAGACUUGGCGUAUAUGGCGGUAUUGGUGUUGUUCAGAUGUCAUCAAUUCUAAUCGCAACUCUCGGUCUCGCUUUUGCCGUAACACGGGCAUCGAAAAUCCUUCAUGAGAAGUUGAUUUUAAGGAUUGUGAAAGCACCAAUGGAAUUCUUCGACACAACGCCAUUGGGUAGAAUUCUGAAUAGAUUCAGCCAAGAUAUGAGUCAAGUUGAUACAAAUAUAAGGGGGACGUUGAUGAUGAUUCUAAGAGGGUUGUCCAGUAUUGUCACCACCAUCAUCGCAAUUAGCUACUCAUCGCCAUAUUUUCUUAUAGUCUUCGUACCUCUUUUCAUUUUGUAUAUAUUUAUACAGAGAGUUUAUGUUGCAUGUUCUAAUCAACUGAGAAGAUUAAACUCGAUAAGAACAUCUCCCAUAUAUUCACAUUUUGGCGAAAGUGUCACCGGGGCGUGCUCUAUCCGUGCCUAUAACAUGCAAAGUGCGUUUAUCAAACAAUCGGACAAACUCACAGAUGAUAUGAUGAUGGCAAAGUUUCCCUCAAUUGCUGUUAGCAGAUGGCUCUCUGUGAUGAUUGAAACCAUAGGUAGUUUGAUUGUGUUAUUUGCUGCAUUGUUUGCUGUGUUAGGCAGAGCCACAAUUGGUGCCGGCCUCGUUGGUCUUUCUGUGUCAUAUUCUAUACAAGUAACUGAAAGACUAGCCAUGUUUGUAAGAAACAUGUCUGACAUGGAGUCAAACAUUGUAUCCGUAGAAAGGAUUAGUGAAUACUCGGAAGUGAAAAAUGAGGCGCCAUGGUCAAUUAGAGGAACGAAACCAAGUUCAACAUGGCCUUCCAAAGGAGAGGUGAUAUUUAAAGACUUGAAACUAAGAUAUAGAGCAGGACUAGAUCUGGUCCUGAAAGGCUUAUCAUUCAGCGUAAAAGGUGGAGAAAAGAUUGGUAUAGUUGGACGAACCGGUGCUGGUAAGUCAUCAUUGACACUAGGCCUGUUUCGGAUAAUUGAAGCUGCUGGUGGAACUAUCACGAUAGAUGGCGUAAGAAUCGAUACAAUUGGACUGCACAAUCUCAGGAAUGGACUAACCAUCAUUCCCCAGGACCCUGUGCUGUUCUCAGGUACAUUGCGAACAAAUUUAGAUCCAUUUGAUGAGCAUACAGAUGACGCCCUUUGGUCUGCAUUAGAUCACGCACAUCUAGCUUUAUUUGUUAAGGAACUUCCAAAACAAUUACUACAUGAUUGUUCAGAAGAUGGACAGAAUUUAAGCGUUGGCCAAAAGCAGUUAGUAUGUCUAGCACGAGCUUUAUUAAGGAAAUCAAAAAUUCUCGUCCUGGACGAAGCCACCGCUGCUAUUGACCUAGAGACAGAUGACCUGAUUCAGAACACAAUACGGGAGGAAUUCAAAGAUUGUACAGUGUUCACAAUUGCUCAUCGCCUUAACACAGUCAUGGACUAUGAUCGAAUUCUGGUAUUGGACGAUGGCAAAAUCGUGGAAUUUGAUUCGCCCAGUACAUUACUUAGUCAUACGGACGGGAUUUUGUUCUCUAUGGCGCGGGAUGCUGGAAUUGUUAAAUAACUUAGAAAGACACCCAGUGCAAUAUAAAACACAUGAAUAUAUUAAGCUAUAGGCACGAUGAAGUCGCAUUAAUAAACGAAAAUGUACACUGUAAAGGUUUCUCUUCAUUACUGCCAUCUUUCUGUUGGCCAAGUUCCUAUGAAGAAAAUGAAGCAAUAUAUACUGAAUUUGAUAUAUUUCAGCCUUUGAGUACUGUUAUAGUUUGUGAAUUAUAUUACUUCACAUCAAAUGCUUA